AUGGAUAGCGAGUUCAAGUUCAUUAGAUGCUCUGUCGAGAGCUUCAUGAACAUCUACCUGCCUUUCGUCCCAAAUGACAAUGAAACGCAAUACUUUGUUCAGCAACUUUUACAGGACACUUCAACGGGGUCCAGGGCUGGUAAUGCUUCUCAUUCCAGCGACGUAGCUACACGGCCAGUAUUGUCUGUAUUAACGGGAAACGAGACAACUUUUGCUUUUCGAGAUUACCCACUCCAGAGCAAACGGGGGCGGCAGUCUAACAGCAAAAUCACCGUCUUUCGAGGAUGGGAGAAGAUUGCACAGACCAUUGGAAAUAUUGAAUAUCCUGGGGAACGAAAACGCAACAAAUUCAGCUACGUAAACGUGCCGAACAAAAGGAUAGCUUCCUCCAACCGAGGCUACAACAACAAAAUCGAUGCCGCAUUUGUUGCAGCCUGCGAUACGCACAAGCCGCUUCAGACGACCGACAUAGCUGUUGUAGUUGGGCACAAAGUCGCUGCGUCGCACAAUCGGCAAAACGCGUUACAUGCCGUCUCUGCCAAUGUUCAGAUCAUGAACGAAGACGUACGUCGUAUGUUCAUUUUUGGGAUAACAGCCGAAAGGCAUAAUGUCACCCUGUGGUAUCAUGAUCGUUCACAUUCAGCCGCGUCGUAUCCCUUUAACUUAUCCACGAAUCCUAAAUUAUUCAUACAAGUUCUUAUUGCAUUUUUGUUUGCAACGGAAGAAGAGCUUGGCUACGAUUCAAUGGUAAAGCUUAAACCAGACCGAAACUACACAUUCAAGAUUCCAAGUUUACCGGGCAGCGACAAGUUUCGGUUCUUUCGCACCGUGGAGGGCCUGUCGCUCUAUCAUUCGAACGGCAUCACCGGUCGAAUGACACGUGUUUACAAAGUCGUUGAAGUCAGGGAAAGCGGCGAGGCGUUUGGAGAUCCGCUCGUUUUGAAAGACGUGUGGCUCGACAGCUCUGCGAAGACGGAAAAAGAGAUACAGAACGCCAUUUUUACCGAUAUCGAACAAUUUUGGGACAGCCCAGACGAACCGCUGGAGUUAAAGAGCUUCAAAGAAGCUCACAAGAAACUUGUUCGUGAUGGCAGCUAUAAGCAGUACUUUCUUCAGAUUGUCCUGGACUACAGCGGACAGAAAACUAAAGUACGAGUAGAGAUAGGAACCGAAGUCAGAGGUUUCUUCGACGCUGAGCAAGACCUCGCACUGGAUGCUCCGGUGACUGGUACCAAAUCACAAGAAUCGCAGUCUUUGAACGAUCAGACGUUUGUAAACACACACCGAAUUGUUUCCCAACCACCAGCCCUUCCAGCUAUUCCGAGCGAGCAGAAGAGGCAAUAUCGCAUCCUUUUCAAGGAGAUUUGUAGACCUUCUGGACGGCUCGAAACCCUUGGAGAAGUGGUCAAUGUGCUAUCGCAAACCCUCAUCCCGCUCCAACUUUUGUUUUGUGCGGGAUGGGUCCAUAGGGACAUCAGUUCCGGAAAUAUACUUGCUUUCAAGAAAGAUUUCGAAAGCCAGGGGCCGUGGCUCGCAAAACUGUCUGACCUUGAAUAUGCCACAAAAUUCCCUGUUCCACAAGGUUCAGCAUGUGCUGCAAAUACGAAGACGGGAACUCCUUACUUUAUGCCUCUGGAGGUCAUGCUCUCAACUUAUCUCUUUUCUUCCGACUACGAUGACACGAUAACAGCGAAGGAACAUCGCCCCCCAUCGCCUGUUUUUGAGGAGAAUACACUUGAGAUUCACGAAUUUCAAUUACUGGCAGAAAGCAUUGCGAAUCUGGAAAGAAAGGCUUUCGAAACGGCGACGGCCGAGCCGCCGACUGGUGUCGCUCAUAACCUUCAGCACGAUCUAGAAUCAUUAUGGUGGAUUCUUCUUUGGAACGUAUGCUGCCGCCUCGACCCAGAACAAUCGACACCGUCUCUGCAGAAUUUUGGCAAGGCCAUUUUCCUAAAUGAGAUCAGGCCGACUGAUGCUCGAAUCCACUGCAUCACCAAAGCCACAUUCGGAGAAUCCAUGACGGUUAGCGCUCCAAAGUCAAUCUAUUCCUUUGUUGCUUCACUCUUCUUCUUGAGGAAGAAUCUCUACAGCGAAUAUGUCGAUCGUGGUCGCGAAGGCGCAUACAAUGAUGUUGGGUCAUAUGCCAAGAUCCACAACACAUUCUUCUACGUGUUUAAGCUGCUCAACAUACAGGCCACCGAGGCACUUGAUUCAGGUGCCGGGGACGGUAGAGAUUUGCAUUGGUCGGAGCUUCGUUUGCUGGUGAAGAAUCAUAGCAAUAAGGCGACAGAUGGAUCCAUCGUGGGUGAGCCGGAGCGUAAGCGUCCUCGAUCCAAUGAAGACUAUGUCGAUGGGAGGGCGGUCGAGAGCGCAGGCAGGCCCAAACCCAAGCAACCUAGAAAGAAGUGA